AUAAUUUAUUCGUGCAUGCUUUUGCUUGUAUAAUGGGGGGGGGGAAGGCCAGUGAACCCCCAAACUGUGACAACAUGUCUAGUAAUAACAAGAAGGAACUAUGCCACCGAAUAUUUCAUGGCUCAUAUCUCCAAAUACAAUAAAACACAGGGUGUGAACCUAGCCCAAAUGUAAGACUUCUAGUAUGGCUGCAGAAGGUAUACAAUCAAGACCACGCAAAUUCUUAGCAAGUGGGUCUUCAAAGGGGGUGGUCCUCUCAAAGAUAAUGGUCACAAUGCAAAAUGUAUGGUGAACUAAAGAAUAUUAUCACACAAAAACUGGCCGGGAUAAGAGUUUUCACUGUAUCUCCUUCAGCCGCCAUAGAAGACGUGCACUCUGUGUCCUGCAGAGGUCGCUGCUGUCACGCCUGAUAUUCCCGCAAUGUCAGGCAGCGCAUAGGGAAGCAUAGGGCCGGUGUAUCUCCUCACACCGCCAGUGUAUGGCGGGUAGUGUGCGCGGCACCGUGUUCUUCAGUCAUAGACACGGCGGUGGCGGCUCCAGCUCACAACCGUCACCAGUCUCCUCCCCGGUGCUUCCGCUUCCUGCAAUCACACAUGGCUGAAGGCUCCGGGGACGUGGAGGUGCCGGUCGGCUGUGAGCACUACAUAAGAGGCUGCGAGCUGAGGGCUCCUUGCUGUGGUAAAUUUUACAGUUGUCGCCUUUGCCAUGACAACAAGGAAACACAUAAGAUGGAUCGCUUCAAGGUCACCCAAGUCCAGUGUGUGAAGUGCAAGUGCAUUCAAAAGGCUCAGCAGAGUUGUGAACACUGUAACAACAUUUUUGGGGAUUAUUACUGCGGUAUAUGUCAUCUCUAUGACAAGGACAAGAAGCAGUAUCAUUGUGAUGGCUGUGGUAUAUGCAGGAUCGGCCCAAAGGAGCAGUUUGAACACUGUGCAAAGUGUAAUUUAUGUCUGCCGCUAAGCUUCAGUGGAAACCAUAAGUGCAUAGAAAAUGUGUCUAGGCAAGACUGCCCUAUAUGUUUAGAGGAUAUACAUACUGCCAGAAUUAGCGCUCGUGUUCUCCCUUGCGGACAUCUCUUGCAUAGUACAUGUUAUGAGGAUAUGCUAAAACAGGGAUAUAGGUGUCCACUGUGCAUGCGCUCUGCUCUCGAUAUGUCCAGAUACUGGAAUCAGCUAGAUGAAGAAGUUGCCCAGACACCAAUGCCACCUGAAUACCAAAAUAUGAAUGUUGAUAUUCUCUGCAAUGACUGCAAUGCAAGAUCAACUGUAUUAUUCCACAUCUUGGGAAUGAAAUGCGAUAGUUGUAAAUCUUACAAUACCGCUCAAGAAGGCAAACCUCUAUCACAGACACAAACUAAUAGUCCGCAGUAGGCCUGCAUAUUUGUGUUCAAUGAACAAGUUAGAACGUCGAUUCUCUUAAAACAGUGAGAACUUUUCAUGAAUUAAA